AAAGAAAGAGCCCAUAAAUAGAACGGAGAGAGAGAAGUAGGAGCAGUAGCUUGCUCACUUUGGUUUUCCUUCUCCAUCUUUCCAUCUCUCUCGCUCUCUCUCUCUCUUUGGGAUUCGUGUGUUCUUCAUUUUUUGCACCACCCGAGAUUUUCCGAAAGCUGAAGUGGCCGGAGAGUGAAGCUUAAGAGAGAGAGAGCCAUCACCCGAAGCCCGAAGAUCAUGGGGAGAGGAAAGAUCGAGAUCAAGAGGAUCGAGAACACCACGAACCGUCAGGUCACCUUCUGCAAGAGAAGGAACGGACUGAUGAAGAAGACCUACGAGCUCUCCGUCCUCUGUGAUGCCGAAGUCGCCCUCAUCGUCUUCUCCAGUAGAGGACGCCUCUACGAGUACUCCAACAACAACAUAAGGUCCACUAUAGAGAGGUACAAAAAGGCUAAUUCAGAUAGUUCAAACACAAGCUCUGUCAUAGAGAUCAAUGCUCAGUAUUACCAGCAAGAAUCUGCAAAGUUGAGGCAGCAGAUCCAAAUGCUGCAAAACUCCAACAGGCACUUGAUGGGUGAUUCCUUAAGUUCACUCUCUGUUAAGGAGCUGAAGCAGCUGGAAAAUAGGCUCGAACGUGGCAUCUCGAGGAUCAGGUCAAAGAAGCAUGAGAUGUUGCUGACUGAGAUCGAGUACCUGCAGAAAAGGGAGAUUGAGCUCGAAAAUGAAAGCGUGUUCCUCCGCACGAAGAUUUCCGAGGUGGAAAGGAUUCAACAAGGAAACAUGGUUGCUGGCCCUCAGCUUAAUGCAAUGGAAGCAUUGGCUUCUCGCAAUUUCUUCCCUACUAACAUGAUCGAGGGCGGAACUGCCUACUCACACUCCAACAAGAAAGUUCUCCAUCUCGGGUGAUUCACCAGGCUGGUUUGGGUUGAAGUACAUCCUCUAUUUCUCAAGAACAAUAAUUGUGGUUUACGAACUUACAGUAAUUUAUGUGUGCGUACUCAUUUCUAUUAUGACCGUACUGAAGCAGCACUUUCGUAUCUUUUCGUCCUCGGAACUAUUGCAAUGACUAUGCUGUUGUGUGAUCA